AUGGUUCCGUCGGAAGUUUUUACAUUGUGUCCGGAGAUGUGCGGCGAGUCCGAUUCACGCGCGCAAGAUUGCGGCGCUGGUCUUAGCUGCUCUUCUCCAGGUCAUUCGGUCAUGGCGAGGUCCUCCCAGCCUUCUGAAAUUGGCGCAGCCAGUGGCAAAGAGGUCCGUACUCUUUUACAUGUUCUGUUCCGUCGCGGUAUCGAGAGCGCGGUCGUCCUCAAAGAGCAGGUUGUGGACUGUAACCGUGGACACACGCGUUGGCGCCUGCAUACGCCGAUUUUUGAGAAAGUGCCCGUCAAUUCUGUAGGUGAUGAAGAUCUCAAAGCGUUCAUCACGAUAAACGUCUAUCAGCAUAACAGAGAACAUCGGACUGAAGAGGAUGGGAGCGCGUACGCAGCCCUACUCCACUGUGUUCGUCACUACACAGGCUUUGGAUACCGACCCGUUGUCAGUGACGCACGCCAUCAUUCCGUCAUGGAGUUGACGGGCAGUGUGCGUGAACCGCUCAGGACAUUUGAAUUUCUGCAUGAUUUUUCACAGUCCAUCGCGAUUCACCGUGUCAAACGCUUUCAUCAGACUCAUAAAGGUCGUGUAUAG